ACAAUUACCACAUUUUUCAACCUAUUCAACCCAUUCCACUCAUCCUGGACAUCCAAAAUCAAACUUUCCCAAGUUCCAAUACAAAUUCCGGUUUUCCUGGAAAUUCAAACUCUUCCACAUUGAAACUCUUCUUACAUUCAUACAACAUUCACUUCAACUACAGCAUUGGAGCUUUCACACAUCUAGUUGUAGUAUUGACAUCUUGCUAAAGUCACCUACCUGCAGAGAUAUAAAUGAUCCGAGUGAGAUAUACUCGCUGUGACCUCCACCCCAAUCAAAAACGGAGCUUUUAUACCACUGAGAGUAUCCCAGCACCACCUCUAUCGCCCACAAGUGGGUCUCUCCAAAUGCCAUCUCUGAUAUGCACGUGUGUGACAUUGUGUUGUUUGCUUGACCUUUCAUCGCCAAACUAAUCCUACCAUCGUCACAUUUGGAUCGUCGUCACGCCAGAACGAAAGAUGCAAAGUCAAAUAGUUGAGCGUGUUUGCACUGAAGGUCCAAGUCUUGCUUGAGGCAUUGAUGUUCCAAGGUCUAGCGCUGCUGUUAACUGCAGGUUUUUAGUCUCAUUCUAAAGCACCAAAUACUGACUCACAGUAAAGCUAAUUAUUUUACCCUUCAGUCACCUUCGACCAAAAAAACGAAAUCUUCUGCAUUUUUUGUCCCAAUCUUUGACAAAUCAGUUAAAUGUAAAGGUCAAAGGACCGAAACAGUUUUGAGCAAGUUUAUUUUUAAAGUGGCACCUUUUGCAAAGGUAUGACAAAUACGUUUUAUUAAAUACAAGAGGAAAGAGUUUUGGGUGUGAUUACGCUUCUCAACCGCUAGUUAACUUUAGUUAAUUAUAUAUACAUAGCGCUUUUCUCUAGUGACUCAAGGCGCUUUACAUAGUGAAAGACAAUAUCUAAAUUACAUUUUUAAAGCAGUGUGGGUGGCACUGGGAGCAGGUGGGUAAAGUGUCUUGCCCAAGGACACAACGGCAGUGACGAGGAUGGCAGAAGCGGGGAUCGAACCCGGAACCCUCAAGUUGCUGGCACGGCCACUCUACCAACCGAGCUAUACCGCCCCAUUUUGCUACAAAGACAGUUCGGAAUCCUUCAUCUGGGCUCACUUUUGCAGAAGUGUGCAUACGUACGCAAUCGACAAUGCUGUUGCGGCAGUGAGACCAACGCUGUAACAUUUUUACCUGUGGAAUGUUUUUAAUAAACGCCUGUGAAAUCUCCCAGAAUGCCCGCUCUCUGACUGUUCAAAGAAAGACUGCGGAUAGAGUCUAACGGCUUCCACCAACACCCGAACUCCAACAUACUUUUUAAUUUUUGUUUAAGCAUUUUCACAACGACACGUCCAAUCAAAAUCCAAAAUCAGUUUGAUAUAAUUCCAGUUGUCAGAUAAUAACCUUUCAGAGAUAAAAUAAGGAAAUGCAAAUGUAGUGUAAUAAUAGCACUUGUUUUGACGUUGACAUCAAAGUAAACUGCAUGAAAAUUGUUGAAGAAAUGAGCAAGUUGUGAGUUAUUUUCAACACGUGUCCAUAGCCUUUAAGGAAACUUUGCCCCUACCAAUAUGGCCGCCAUGGAGCUACGUCGCGCUCCUUGGCGCUUUCGCUGAGCCCUGCCCCUUUUUAAACGCUGAUUGGUCUACACCGUGGCUCCACCCCCUGCGCGCGUCCAAUCGAGAGUUCGGUAAAUGUCACAAGUUACAACCAACCCGGAAACGUCAGCACCUGUCGGCUCAAGCGGCAUUUUCUUCCAGAAGUCGGAGUAAAUGUUCGGUUUUUGUUGUCAAAUUGCCAAAUCCCGGCCUCAAUCUUUACUGUGUGCUGAGUAAAGCUGUGCGAAUUCAUCAAUGCUCCGAGUUUUUAAAAAAACCGCCAGAAACCUGUCGACCUUCGCAAUGAAACAAACAGAACUCUCCAUACCAGUUCCUUGGGGGGAAAUCCGAGGUAAAGCGUGGGGUCCUGACCAUGGGCGUCCUGUGUUGUGCCUGCACGGCUGGGCUGACAACAGUGGAACCUACAACACUCUGGUUCCACUUCUGCCCAAAGAGUGCCGAUACGUGGCGGUGGACCUGGCAGGUCACGGUCUGUCCUCGCAUCGUCCUCCUGGGGUCUUUUACACGUUUUCGGCUUAUGUGGCUGAUAUUCGCAGAAUUGUUGAUGCUCUCCGCUGGAGCAGAUUCUCCAUCCUGGGCCACAGUAUGGGUGGUAAUGUCGCCGGGAUGUUUAGUGCUCUCUUUCCUGACAUGGUGGAAGCUGUCGUGCUGCUGGACUCGUACGGAUUCUUACCUACAGAUGUGAAAGAAUUGUCCACGGUGAUGCGGAAAGGGAUGGAAGGCAUGCUUGAGUUUGAAAAGACGCCUGAAAAGAGCCAAAGAGUUUACACCUUUGAGAAAGCGGUGGAGAGAUUGUCAGCCGCGAACCCAACACUGUCCGAGGCGUCCGUCCGCAUCCUUCUAGAACGCGGCCUCGUUCAAGUGGAAGGAGGAGUUGUCUUCUCACGCGACCUCCGCAUUAAUCUGAAAAACAUUGUUCGCAUCAGCCUGGAGCAGAGUCUGGAGCUGCAAUCCAGGAUCCGAGCCCCAGUCCUCGUGCUCCUAGCGGAUGAAGGCUUUGAGAAAAUAUUUGCGGAACAAGACCAGAAGAAAUUCACAUCCGCACUUCUGCAGGGCUACAGAGACAGAAAUCACUCCGUGGUGACGGUGCAGGGCGGCCAUCACGUCCACCUCAACCACCCCCAAGUCCUGGCCCCCAUGGUGUCCCAGUUCCUGCGCGACAAAGUCCUGUCCUCGUCUGGACUCACCACCAAGCUGGACAGGACGACUGGUUGCAAUUGAAGGAAAGUACAGAGAUAUCCAGGAAGAAAAUCUCUUCCCGAGUGCUCAGGACCUCAGGCUGGGUCGAAGGUUCACCUUCCAACAUGACAAUGACCCUUAGCACACAGCUAAAAUAACAAAGGAGCGCCUUCGGAACAACUCUGUGACCAUUCUUGACUGGCCCAGCCACAGCCCUGACCUAAACCUAAUUGAGCAUCUCUGUAGACACCUGAAAAUAGCUCAUCCACCGACAUCCACCCUCCAAGCUGGCAGAAAUGGAGAAAGAUCUGCAAGAAAGAAUGGCAGAGGAUCCCCAAAUCCAGGUGUGGAAAAACUUGUUGCAUCAUUUCCAAGAAGACUCAUGGCUGUACGAGAUCAAAAGGUGCAAAUACUCUGAAUACUUACGACCAUGUGAUGUUUCACUUUUCUAUUAUUGUUCAAUUUGCAAACAUGUCUACUUUUCUGUUGUUGUUCUGACAGAUAUAUAUAUGUUCUGCCUCUGCCUCUGUCAGUAGUCUCUGCAGCACCCAGCAUUGCCCCACCCACACAACCAUCUGAUUGGUUACAUGCAGAGCGGUAACAGCCAAUCAGCAGUGCGUAUUCAGAGCGCAUGGGGUGUGGUGAGCAGAAAGGUGUUUAGCAGGAAAUCUUCUCCCCUCCUGCUCCUCUUUUGGCAGAUCCUUCUUCUCCCGAGACCCGCGGCUUGAUUCUGGGAGUCUCUUUGAAAAAUGGAGAGCAACAUUCAGUUCUGACUGGGCCAAGGGUGUUGCCAUGGCAACCCCUCCCCUCCCCUCCCCUUGAACGUCAGCUAGAGCCGGGGAGGACGCAGCCCCACGCAGCCCCACGCAGCAUCUUGCCUCUCGGAGAAGCACCUGUCACGCGUGGACGUUGGUCGUGGAUCGCAUGUCGCAGCUGAGAGCCGCCACGCGUCAACGCGACUCGCUCGGGACCCUUGCGUGAGCGCGGCACACCUGCGCAGUCCUCCGGGAGCAGCCAUGUGGUUUUUCCUGGACUGGUUCGUGCCGCUCUACCUGCUGGUGUCCAUCCUGGUCCUGGCGGGCUUUGGCGCCUGCCUCUACUUCCUGGAGCCCGGGCAGCAGGACAAGAGCGUCCGACACCGCCCUCUGGUGGCCAGCGUCAACUGCGGCGAUACGGAUCAUCUGAUAUGAUGAUGGAUAACGUGUCGAGCCCUCUGAUCCCGACCAUGUCCCCGUUUUUUCUUCUUCUUUUCCAGGAGGACUGAGAGAAAAGUGAGACUGUGCAGGACUGGCGGGACUGGGGGAGGUUUGAUGUCAAACAUGACCUUUUUUUUUUUUUUUUUUUUACAUGCUUUUUUUAAAUAUUUGGACAAUCACUUUUCACCAAUUAUGACGUCAUUAUGAGAGGCUGGCCACUUCAUUAAGUACACCUUCCACCCGUUAACGUACUGUUUCUAAUGUUUUGUCCCUCUGUAUGAUAAUGCAUUAAAUUAAUAAAUGUUGUA